AUGCCGUCCAUCCCACCUCCCCUGACUAUAUCUCACCGCCAUACUCGGAGUCGCUCCUCCAACAUCGACAUCGACCCCAUUUCUCCUGGUACCUACGCUCCCAACGGCUUUUCCUACCGGUCGCCUCGGUCGCCUCAUACGCCUCGUUCAUCCAUCCCCUCUUCUCCGGUGGACGUCCGCCCUCACCAUACUCAAUCAUUCAAUGGCUCCCAUAGAAUGUCAGGCGACUUCGGCGGUGCUGCCAACGAAGGCGGCGGACUAGGAAACUUGGCCGAUGAGCUCGCGGAUGCAUGGGAGGAGGAAGAAGGUGGUUACGGAUACACGUCGGGCCAGGAUGCCGGGGCCCCUGACGCACAGUAUGUGGAUCGCAGUGACGAUGAAGAUGCAUACCACCGCAUGGGCACCGGGGCCCGCACACCCUCAUCGGGCUACUCGUCGGAACGGAACUCUUCUCUGCAGCCUCCGAAGCCCAAGACCCGUAAUGGUGCCCAUCGACACCGGCGGCACGAGUCGCAAUAUGAUGGCUCCGAUUAUGGAAACGAUUCGGAUUUCGAGGAAGCGGAUAUGCCGCCUAGCCUAGAGAUGCAGAUGGCGGAGAUCGAAAGUCUGGCUCGUCGCGGACUAGAGAACAAUGGCAGUGAGAAUGACUUUGUGAUUCAACGGGCGGUGGAAGCUCUCCGGGAUCUUGGCGGGCAAAGUGGGAUUGAAAACAAUGCCAUGAGACUCAUCACUGCACACUCGUCCAUCACCUCACAUCUUACCCAUCAGACGCGGGCCCUUCAGACCCUCACCCACCCUCUCCUUUUCUCGCCAUUCCCGCUCCUUUCCUCAGAUGCUAUAGAUGCGCUCAUUCCUCUCAUCGACGAAGAACUCCUGCCUAACCUCCCCUAUCCUUUCCCGGAACAGCCACGUCACUCCUCAAGACCCACUACCCCCUCCCAGUCACCGGCCCUGAACCCUCUUGUCUCCCUGCAGACCCUUGUGUCGCAGACAUCCGACAUCACCCUGUCGCUCCGGGGCCUGAGCGAUACGUUGUAUGAGUCGCGCCAGCUUACGUCGACGGCAUCGCGACGACUCCGGUCUGCUCGCGAACUUGUAGCCGACCUCCGCCGUGAGGAAGAAGGCGUCGAGGAGGGGACCCGGUGGAUCGAACGAGGCGACUGGGACCGCCGACUCCGGGAUCGCGAAGCCGGCCGUGUCUGCGGAGACGUAGUCAGUGGCUUCGAGGCGGUGUGCGGUGAAUGGCGAGAGAAGCUCUUCGGGGCAGCCGCUGGAGCCGAAGUGGCUGCUGCUUGA